GAAUGUACUGUGUUAUUCCUUUUUCUGUAGGACACUAAGAUGGGUUUCGGCAUCGCGGUGUCAGGUGGGCGUGACAACCCCAACGUGGACAAUGGUGAGACGUCGAUCAUCGUGUCAGACGUGCUGCAGGGGGGCCCAGCAGAUGGAUUACUCUUUGAGAAUGAUCGUGUCAUUCAGGUCAACUCCAUCCCCAUGGACAACGUGCCUCAUUCCUUCGCUGUGCAGUCCCUCCGUAAAUGUGGUAAAGUGGCUAAAAUAGUGAGUAUGAACCACACACAAG